ACCAUUGAAUUAUUGUGUAGUCAACGAUCCAAAUAUAUUUAUUGUGCAGAUUUAUUUUAUAAAACUUUAUAAAUAAAUAAAUAAAUAAUUAUGGCUGACGACGAUUUCGACGGAGACGAAGUUGCCGAUGAUUUUGAUGAUGUUGAUGAUGAUGAUAAUAUCGAAUUGGAAGCACAAGAGGAGGAUGGUGAAAAUAUUGAAUUAUUAGCUGCAGGAGAAGCAUCCGGAGGAGUUCAAAGAAACAAAAGAAUAACCACAAGAUAUAUGACUAAAUAUGAAAGGGCAAGGGUGUUAGGGACAAGAGCUUUACAGAUAGCAAUGUGUGCUCCUGUAAUGGUUGAAUUAGAAGGUGAAACUGAUCCUUUACAAAUUGCUAUGAAAGAAUUGAAACAGAGGAAAAUUCCUAUUGUCAUAAGGCGAUAUUUACCUGAUAACAGUUAUGAGGAUUGGGGGAUAGAUGAAUUAAUUAUAAUAGAUCAUUAGAAUAUAAAAUAGUUAACCAAUAUUAUAUUAUCUUAGAUCAGAUAAAAAUAACAGGAAUUAUAUCAUUUUUCAAUAUUUCUAAUCUCAUUAGAUUAAUAGAUUACUACAAUCCUCCAAUAACUCAGUCAACAUUAAUACAUUUGCUAUGGUGAAGUGGAAAUGUGAUUUCAAUAGGUUCAAAUUUAUUGUUUGUAUCAAUCACAAUUGCAAAUGUUCAAUGAAUAUCAGUAUGUUAUAAAUAUGUGAAGUGAUAGUGAAUGUAUUAACAAAUUAUUAUGUAAAUAAUAAAAUUACUUUUUAUA